UGAAAAGAAAAAUGGCGAAGAGAUAGAGAGAGACGAUUGACGAACAGAGUGGCCAUUGAAGAUACAGCUGAGCUGAUAAGCAAUAGCUUCUUCUGGUUUUUCAUAGUUGUCAGAUCUGACAACUUCGUUGAAUCGAAGUCCGGAACAUCACACCAUCGUUGUUGUAAUCGAAAACUCGUUGAAUCAAAACGCUCUAAUGGACGCUUUGAGGAGGCAAGCGAGCAAGCUCAAAGAACAAGUCGCCAAACAACAACAGGCUGUAAUAAAGCAGUUUAGUGGGACUGGUUAUGAAAGUUCUGAGGUAAUGGUCAUCGAUGAGGUUGAGAUGCAAAGACAUCACCAAUUAGAGAAACUGUACAGGUCUACUCGUGCAGGAAGGGAUUUUCAGAAAGAUAUUAUUAGAGCAGCAGAAACAUUUACCGCCAUAGGGUAUAAGCAUAUUGAAGCAGGAACUAAGUUGUCUGAGGAUUGUUUCAAAUAUGGAAUUGAGAACAUUGAUGACAAGAUUCUAGCUAAGGCUGCAUCUCUAUAUGGCGAUGCUCGUAAAAAUGUGGAGCAGGAGCAAGAAGACUUGAAUAGGCAACUAUUUUCUCAGAUUUUAGAACCAUUGAGAGCAAUGUCAGCUGGUGUUCCUUUGGAGGAUGCUCGUCAUCUUGCUCAACGUUACAGUCGAAUGAGACAAGAAGCAGAGAUACAGGCAGCAGAGGUUUCUAGAAGACAAGCUCGGGUAAGGGAAGCUCCCAUUCCUGAAAAUGUGGCAAAGCUGCACGCAGCGGAAUCUAAAAUGCAGGAACUGAAAGCAAAUAUGGCAGUGCUGGGUAAGGAAGCAACAGCUGCAUUGGCUGCUGUAGAAUCACAGCAACAAAGGCUGACAUUCCAGAGGCUUGUUGCAUUGGUUGAAGGAGAAAAAUCAUAUCAUGAGAGAGUAGCUGUCAUUCUUGGUGAGGUUGAAGCUGAGAUGGGCUCGGAGAAACAACGGAAAGAGUCUGCUCCUCCUGUAAUUCCAUCCGCCAAUGGCUUGGAGAAAACAAAGUACUUCUUGGCUGAGGCAAUGCAUGCUUUUGAUGCUGCAUCUGAGAAGGAACUGAGUUUGGCAGUUGGAGAUUAUGUUGUUGUUCGGAAGGUGAGCCCGUCGGGAUGGUCAGAAGGAGAAUGCAGAGGUAAAGCCGGCUGGUUUCCGUCAUCACAUGUGGAGAAACGCCAGAGGAUUCCCACCAGUAGUGCAUCAACCGAAGCCUUCUGAGCUGUGCCCUUGUAUGUGAUCCUCCUAUAUUUUAUGUAUGUGAUCCUCCUAGAUUUUAUGUGUGCUAGAUUAAAAUACUCUACUGGGUAAUUUUGCAUAUUAGUUGUAGUUCUUAUGUUUUAUUUAUUUAUUUUUACCGGACUCUGGGAAAUGGAAAAAAACACAUGAACCAUGUAUGUGUAUUUAUUUAAUUCCUUUUUUUUCUCCUCCGAUCAUAUAUGUGUAUUUUUUCAAAUUUGAAUUGAA